AGUUUACUUGGUAAGUUAAAAAAAAUUCUAAAGGAUCCUGCUAGCAUCAAUUGCUUCAAUAAAAAAUAAAAGCAUUCUUACUUUUUUUUGAUCGAUUAUUUGUUGUAUCCAAUGAGCUUUAACUAUAAGCAAGCAAUAGUCCUAGGUGCAUUCUUUUUGGUUCAUAUUGCUGUUGUUAGAUGUGCACUCAAUAUGAAUUAAUCUUCUUUCCUUCUGAUAGCUUGAAUGCGACUGAUUUUCUAGUAAGACUGAAAGGGCAAAGACUUAUUUUUGUGGGUGACUCGUUAAAUCGGAAUAUGUGGCAGUCCCUGGUGUGUAUACUCCGCCAUAGCGUAGAAAAUAAAGACAGAGUCUAUGAAGCUGCUAGAAGACGUAAGUUUAAACUGACAGGGUACUACUCUAUCAUAUUUGAGGAUUACAAGUGCUCCAUAGAGUAUGUAAGAUCGACAUAUCUGGUAAGAGGAUUGCAUGAUGAUGAGAGACUCAGAUUGGACUUAAUGGACGAAACAACCAAAGCAUAUCGAGAAGCUGAUAUAGUAGUUUUUAAUACAGGUCAUUGGUGGACUCAUGAGAAACCUUCAAAAGGAGUUGACUACUACCAAGAAGGUGAUAACGUGUAUCCGCUUCUCAAAGUCAUGGAAGCCUACAAGAGGGCUCUCACUACUUGGGCAAGUUGGGUUGACAAAUACAUCAACUUCAACAGAACUCAGGUGGUUUUCAGAGGUUACUCACCCACUCACUACAGGGGGAGACAGUGGAAGUCCGGUGGUCAGUGUUACAAGGAAACCGAGCCGAUCUUCAAUGAAACUUUUCUUUCGAAGUACCCUCCAAAGAUGAGAGCUUUUGAGGAGGUUAUGGAGCAAAUGAAGGCACCAGUGACUUAUCUCAACAUCAGCAGGCUUACUGACUACAGGAAAGAUGGUCAUCCUUCGGUAUACAGGAAAACUUACAAUACAGUUCGAGAGCAGAUUGCUGGAGAAAAGUCCCCAGACUGCAGCCAUUGGUGCCUGCCAGGAAUACCGGACACGUGGAAUGAGCUUCUCUAUGCUUCUCUGCUUUUAAAUGGCAGAGGAUCAUGGAUGCCGUGAAUUUCAAACUCAGUUUGGAUGUGCUAUAGAAUAAUGAUGAUUCUUCUGAAUAAAAGAAAAUAAGAAGGGGAAAAAAAAAGGACCGAACACCUUUUAACCGGCACUACUCAAAUCGCUGCCGAGUUUUUUGGUCCUGACAGAAGAUAUGAAUUGCUGAAUUCAAGUAGAGAUUAAUCCACAGUACUCACUAGCUGUAGAAGUUUAAAGGGCACUCCUGUGGUGGUAUCAGUUUUUUUU